AGUCAUAAAUACAAUAAUUACAGCUUUGGCAGAAAUAAGUGACAGAGGCCGCCUGCGUUUCCAACAACACUGCUGUAACUGACAGGAGGCUCAGACGUCCUGGGAAUCACUUUUGCUUCUCCGGUCUUCUCGUUGGUCCUCCUGCUGUACUGGGAUUUAUUUCUUUCUGUCAAAGCAGAUUAUUAUUCUAGUCUUUUUAAGCAUGGAUUUGUUCCUGGAUUCUGGCUAAAUGCGAAAGUCUGCUUCAUCAAGUCGAGCGUGAUUUUCCUAAAACUCAGUCAAACUCUAGGGAGAAAUUGAAACCAAAGCAAAAAAAAAAAGACAUUUCUUACCAUGUCUGUAAUUGCCCUGUUUAGGGGCAAGUUUGGCCAAAAGGCACAGGACAACCCGGAGAAGCCUUCGGCUCUGGCGAUUCAAACAAGUCACGAGGAGGACGAUGACGAGGACGACGGCAAAGGUGGAUUUAGCAGAGAACCCAUCAAGAGGAACUCACGCUUUUACCGUUCCAUGAGGAAAAAAAGGCAUGCGUCCUCCGACCGGACUGGAAAUUCUCCCAGGUGUGGCGCUGACAACAGUCCAUCCAGGAGAGCAGGUGCCUCUAAUUCUAACUCUCCCAUACCACACAAAUCACCGCUGCCCACUGCUAGACGAACUGUGUUGCCAAGCAAUGGUGAGGCCAGCAGCAGACAUGCUCUGUACAGUAAGGAUGCUGUGGAUAAGAGAAGAGAAGGUGUGGGUGGAGGGAGUGCGGACGUAUCGGCUGCCUCCAACAGCCAACACAGACACUUCACAGAUGACAAGCUCCAGUAUCGGACUCACGGCGUCCACAGCGGUGACAUUAGGAAGCUCUCAGAGCAAACAGCAACGUCUUGUACUGUAGAGGAAGUCAAGAAGGCAGACAUGAGCGCACAGCAGUCCAGUUCUAAUGAAGGGGACCGGGAUUACUUCGGUUUCAGGUUGCUGAGCAAUGGACAGACUUCUCAGACAAUCAGCCACAGCCUCAACAUCAUCAAAAACAUCGCUUUCCUGUACCAGGAAUACCGAGACACAUCCAAGCAGCAGGAGAUAGAGCAGCGGCGGCAGCAGGAGAGUCUCUCUCCCAUGGUCACUGCAGGGACUUUGGCCUCGGAGCCCGACGUGGUGUCGCCCGGCUCUUUGCAGCUGCAGCUGAGGAACAACUCUCGUUCUCUGAGCUUAUGGCAAAACCUGGACGUGGUGCUGGCCAGCGGGCUCCUGACCAAGUUACCGCAGAAGGAAAUCAUCAUGCAAGAGGCCAUGUUUGAGCUGGUCACCUCAGAAGCUUCCUACUACAAGAGUCUGGAGAUAUUAGAGACGCACUUCCUGCGGAACCCGGUGUUGGUCAACACUCUCAGCCAAUCAGACAUGCACUUCCUCUUCUCGAACAUCGAGGAGGUCAUGAAAGCAAGUGAGAGAUUCUUGAUGGAUCUGGAGCACCGCAUCGAGGAGUCCAUCUUGAUUUCCGAGGUGUGCGACAUUGUUUAUCACCACGCCGUGGAGCACUUCAGUGUCUUCAUCAAAUAUGUCAUCAACCAGGUGUACCAGGAGAAGAACUACAGGCGCAUUCUAGAGGGAAACCAGGCCUUCCGGGACACCAUGUCUGCUCUGGAGAACCAUCCUAGGGUCAGGGGUCUUUCCUUCACUUCCUUCCUCAUCCUUCCUUUCCAGAGGAUCACGAGGCUUAAACUGCUCGUACAGAACAUCCUGAAAAAAGCUGAAGAAAACUCCAAGAGGGAAACGAACGCUAUCAAAGCUCAUCAGCAACUGGAGCAGAUCGUGAAAGAAUGUAACGAGGGCGUGAGGAAGAUGGGUCGCACUGAAGAACUCAUCAGGAUCGAGAAAACGCUGGAGUUCAAAUCCAAGUCAGUGCCCAUCAUUUCCCACUCACGCUGGUUACUAAAGAAGGGUGAAGUGCAGCUCAUGGCCGGACCAAAGAGCACCAGAACCAUGAGGAGUCGUAAGAUGUACCAGCCAAUCUACCUGUUCCUUUUUAACAAUCUGCUCCUGGUGACCAAACCCAGCUCCAGUGGAGACAAAUUCCAGGUUAUUGACUGGUGCACGCGGGCCAUGUUGAGGACUGAAGAUCUUGAUGACCAGGGCCAGCUGCUGGCCAGUGUCUUUAACCUCAAACUCCUGGAGAACCAGGAGGACCGUGAGGUCAACUACACGCUGAAAACUGCCAGUGUGAGCGACAAACUGCGAUGGAUGUGUGCACUCACUCCCAACCGACGAACACGAUUUAUGUCCACCAAUGCUCAUCAACAAGAUUCUCCACAGGUGCAGUGUAUUCAGUCAUACUCUUCUCAGGAGCCUGACGAACUCUCCAUUGAGAUGGCAGAUGUUUUGAACCUCCUGGAGAGGACUGAAGAUGGCUGGAUGAUGGGUGAACGACUUCAUGACGGUGAGAGGGGCUGGUUCCCCUGUCGACUGGUGGAGGAGAUCCACAGUAAAGAGGUGCGAGCUCAGAACCUGAGGGAGGCCUUUAGGAUCCAACAAGCCCAGGAAGGAGGAGGAGGAGGAGGAGGAGGAGGAGGAGGCGGGUCACAAACCGCCACCAGGUCCGGUAUGAGGCCAGGGAGACGCACCCCAAAGGUGUCCAGCUUCUCCAGUCAUUGGACUGAUCAGAUGGGGGAGAGUAGUGACAUGAAGUAGUGAAUGAGAGGAAGUGAAGAACCCCCUUCGUAUGCACUAUCAAUAAUCAGGGUACAUGCAACUUAAUUGUGACACGAUGACACUUUGUCCUUUUGAUUUUCAUUCAACAGUGUGUGGUUGGUGGAGAGUCACGCCACAGUUUUGUCUCAGUGAUGAUGGACGUGUGAUCAAAGUACCUUAAACAGAAACGCUGCAUGGCUCAUUAAGAUGUGCAGUCAGUGUGUAGUUUUCGUCGGUUCACUUACUAUGAAGUAAAACUGCAUGACACAAAAGCUCUGUGCGGAAAUGACUUGAACAGUCUAAGUGUUCUGUAGGCUGCAUGAGCUUCGACUUUUUAAAAACUUUUAUUGUGUUCAUGUACAAAUGUGUUUUUGUGAACGAUCCACACAAACAGACGUUUCAGAACAACAGCGACCUUCACAGAGAGAGAGCUUAACGCACUGCCGUACAAACGCAAAUAAAUUACAAACAAUGAAAGAGAACCUGCAGGAGACACAAUAAAUAUUAACUAAUUUUUUUUUUAAUUUUUAAUCUAUUUGUUUUCAUUUUUUUUCUUCAUUUUCCGUUAAAAGCGCAGUCCUGACAUUUUAAGGUUAUUCAAAUACUAUUGGAUUUUCAAAAUUACGUAAUUUGAUUUUAGUUUUUACUAUGUGCAAUAGAAAAAAAAAAUAAAGCUUUGUUAUUGUCAUAAAUUAUUCAGUGUGGGCUGACCUGACCCCAACCUCUAGACAAUUUAAAAAAAAAAUUUAAAAAAAUCUGGUCACCCGUCUUCCAACUCA